AAAUCUCUGAGAACCCGAAGUUCUUCCAGUGGAACCUGGUCUCCCUCGGUGGCCCUCUGCCCCACAGAAGUCCCACAAAGGACCUCUUGGGCUGCUUGCUGCUCGCCACCAGCGUGAACAGAGCAGCCGGAGGAAGCCCUGACAGCAUUUCCCGAGCGGGUCUGCCAGCCCCGCCUGCCGGGAACCUGCCCAGGAGCGGCCCCUCCUGCAAACAGAGAGCCCAGAGUGCCUCGGGGAAAAUUGGCUGAAUAAAAGGGCAAUCAGGACGCCACGGCUCCACCAGAAGCAAUGGCCCAACCCUACCCCCCUGCCCAGUACCCCCCUCCGCCUCAGAACGGCAUCCCCACCGAGUAUGCCCCACCCCCGCCGCACCCCACGCAAGACUACUCGGGCCAGACCCCGGCCCCCCCAGAGCACGGCAUGACCCUGUACACACCAGCACAGACCCUCCCCGAACAGCCGGGUGCCGAGACCAGCACGCAGCCCAUCACCGGGACCCAGACAGUGCCGCAGACAGACGAGGCGGCACAGACGGACAGCCAGCCACUCCACCCCUCUGACCCCGCAGAGAAGCAGCAGCCCAAGCGGCUACACGUCUCCAACAUCCCCUUCCGAUUCAGGGACCCCGACCUGCGGCAAAUGUUUGGGCAAUUCGGAAAAAUCUUAGACGUGGAGAUCAUUUUUAACGAGCGGGGCUCCAAGGGCUUUGGGUUUGUAACUUUUGAAACUAGCUCAGAUGCUGACCGAGCCCGGGAGAAGCUGAAUGGGACGAUCGUAGAGGGACGGAAAAUUGAGGUCAACAAUGCCACCGCCCGAGUCAUGACCAACAAGAAGACUGCGAACCCCUACACCAACGGCUGGAAGCUGAACCCGGUGGUGGGCGCGGUCUACGGGCCUGAAUUCUAUGCAGUGACGGGGUUCCCCUACCCCACAACGGGCACGGCCGUCGCCUACCGGGGCGCGCACCUCCGAGGCCGGGGCCGGGCCGUGUACAACACGUUUCGGGCCGCGCCGCCCCCGCCGCCCAUCCCGACUUACGGAGCGGCACUGGAGCAAACGCUUGUUAAAAUGCCAGUCCCGUGGGCGGGGCUGGCCCCGUGCCCCCUCCCUCAGCAGACUCCGGAGCCGGCCUACCCCACCUCCGCAGCGUUCCCACCACUUUCUUGUCCGUUUGCUUCCAGGGUCGUGUAUCAGGAUGGAUUUUAUGGCGCUGAGAUUUAUGGAGGCUACGCAGCCUACAGAUACGCUCAGCCAGCAGCAGCGGCCUACAGUGACAGUUACGGCAGAGUCUAUGCGGCCGCUGACCCCUACCAUCACACCAUCGGCCCUGCGGCAACCUACAGCAUUGGAACCAUGUGAAACCUUCCACCGUUUCCUUCUCGGACCAUGAAGGGCAAAAACAAAAACAAAAAACAAA